UACGAAAUCGAGAACGACUUGUGGCAGUCAGUUCCAUUUUGGCAUUACCACAUUUAAAAAAAUAACUGCAAACAUGGUUGUGAAACUGUACACCUAUAACAUGAGCCCGUCAGUGCGUGCGUGCCUGAUGGCUUGUGAGAUCUUCAACGUGCCAUUCGAAAAGAUCCCUAUCGACAUUCAGGCUGGCGAACAUCUUACACCGGAAUUUUUAAAGGGACAAAUAGUGUUGACACCAAAGAGAUUCAUCGAACAAGAACUGUUGGAUGCUGUUAUAGAAGGCUACGGCUUUAUGGAAGCAUUCUUGUCCCGAACAAAAUACAUCGCCGCAGACCACGUAACAAUCGCCGAUUUAGCAAUUUUGGCUGUUAUGACAUCUCUCACCCAAAUUGUACCCUUGGACGCUCAAAAGUAA